AUGGAUGACCUAUACGACGAAUUUGGAAAUUACAUCGGCGACGCCGGUUCCUCAGAUGAUGGUUCCGCACACGAAGACGCCGGCGCGGACGCCUAUGUCGACUUCGAUGCCGCCUCGGACGACGAACCAGCCCCUCACUCCCCGUCGAACGACAUGCAACUAAUGGAAGUCGACUCAGGUCCUUCCAAUGCCGUAAUUCUCCAUGAAGAUAAACAAUACUACCCGACAGCCGAACAGGUUUACGGCGCAGAUGUCGAAGCGAUGGUCGAAGAAGAAGAUGCCCAACCGCUCACCGAACCCAUUAUCGCGCCCAUAAAAGUCAAGAAAUUCAUCGUGGAAGAAGCAGAGUUACCGGUUACGCAUUUCUCACGCGAGUUUAUGAUGGAUAUGAUGAGUUUUCCGGACCAAGUUAGGAAUGUAGCGUUGGCGGGACAUUUACACCAUGGAAAGACGGCGUUUAUGGAUAUGUUGGUGUUGGAGACGCAUAUUAUCGAUCAAAAGAAGGCGAUUGGAAGACGUGAGGAAGUGCAGUUGAGGUAUACGGACGUGCAUACUUUGGAACGCGAGCGGGCGGUGUCGAUUAAAUCGGCGCCGAUGUCGUUGGUGUUACAAAGUUCGGCUGGGAAGUCACAUUUGGUGAAUAUCAUCGAUACUCCCGGGCAUGUGAACUUUGUGGAUGAGGUUGCGGCGUCUUUGAGAUUGGCGGAUGGUGUGGUGCUUGUGGUUGAUGUGGUGGAAGGGUUGAUGAUUAAUACCGAGCAGAUUGUGCGGUAUGCGGUCAACGAAGGGUUACCGUUGGUUUUGGUGGUAAAUAAGAUGGAUCGGUUGAUGCUGGAGUUGAAGAUUCCGCCUACAGAUGCGUAUUUCAAGGUGAAGCAUACGGUGGAACAGGUUAAUACGAUCAUUGCAGAGGCAGCACCAGGGAGAGAUGAUCUGAGAUUAUCACCUGAGAAGGGGAAUGUGUGCUUCGCGUCGACAAAGAUGGGGUGGUGUUUUUCACUUAGGUCUUUUGCAAAGAUGUAUGCGGAUACCUACUCGGGUGUUGACGUUGAUGGGUUCGCAAGAAGGAUGUGGGGAGAUAUCUAUUUCGGGGCGGAGAGCAGGAAGUUCACGAGGCAGAAGGCUGCCGAGAAGGGAGCUAAGAGGACGUUUGUGCACUUUGUGCUUGAGCCGUUGUAUAAGCUAUAUGCGCAUACAAUCGGUGAGAGUGCAGCCAACCUGAAAGCGACUCUGGCUGGGUUGGGUAUUACAUUGAAACCGGCGCAGUACAAGAUGGAUGCGGGGGAUUUGCUUAAGGCGGUUUGCGAACAGUUCUUUGGGACGGCGACAGGGUUUGUGGAUAUGAUUGUGGAACAUGUCCCUUCCCCCAUUGAAGGAGCCAAAGCGAAAAUUGAAUCUGCAUAUACAGGACCGUUGGACAGCGACGUUGCGAAUGCAAUGCUUACUUGCGAUCAGAAUGGACCCCUGGUUGUGCAUAUCACUAAAUUGUACAAUACGACGGAUGCCACAGGGUUCAAUGCUUUCGGAAGAGUUAUGUCUGGAACGGUUAAGCCCGGAGAUCAGGUUCGGGUUUUGGGAGAAGGGUAUACGAUUGAUGAUGAGGAAGAUAUGACAAUAGCGACUAUAUCCGACGUCUGGGUGGCUGAAACGAGGUAUCAAAUUCCUACAUCUGGUAUUCCAGCUGGAUGCUGGUGUUUACUCGGUGGAAUCGAUAACUCCAUCGUCAAGACCGCGACAUUAGUUCCGCCGAAGAUGGAAGAUGACGCAUAUAUCUUCAAGCCAAUCAAGCACUUCACAGAAUCUGUGUUCAAAGUGGCGGUCGAACCCGUGAACCCAUCUGAACUUCCAAAGAUGUUGGACGGUCUUCGAAGAAUCAACAAGUCAUACCCUCUCGUUAUCACAAAAGUCGAAGAAUCCGGUGAACAUAUCAUCCUGGGGACUGGCGAGUUAUAUAUGGAUUGCGUUCUACACGAUCUACGAAGAUUGUAUUCAGAGAUGGAACUUAAAGUCUCGGAUCCUGUUACUAGAUUUUGCGAGACUGUGGUGGAAAUGUCGGCGCUGAAAUGCUAUGCUAUGACGCCAAACAAGAAGAACAAGAUUACCAUGGUCGCAGAACCGCUUGAGGAGGAUGUCGCCAAGGAUAUCGAAACCGGAAAGGUCAGCAUCAAGUGGCCUAUUCGGAAGGUUGGGAAGUUCUUUGAGGAAGUACACGGAUGGGAUGUCCUCGCUAGUAGAAGUAUUUGGGCAUUUGGGCCAGAAGAGAUGAGCCCAAACAUCUUACAAGAUGAUACUUUGCCAUCAGAGGUCGAUAAGAAACUACUAAAUACUGUGAGGGAUUCGAUAAAACAAGGUUUUGCCUGGGGUACUCGUGAGGGACCUUUAUGCGAAGAGCCUAUUCGGAACACAAAGUUCAAGCUUAUGGAUGCCUCUUUGGCUUCGGAAGCCAUCUACCGUGGUGGUGGACAAAUUAUCCCUACAGCGAGAAGAGCAUGUUAUUCUUCUUUCUUAAUGGCGUCGCCGCGGCUUAUGGAGCCGAUGUAUUCGUGCCAUAUGACAGGGCCGAUUGACUCUGUUAAUCCGCUUUACACCGUCUUGGCGAAGAGGAGAGGACAUGUCCUUACUGAUGGACCUAUUGCUGGAACUCCCUUGUAUCUCGUGAAGGGAUUAAUUCCUGUCAUUGAUUCAUUUGGUUUUGAAACAGAUCUUAGAAUCCAUACCCAAGGUCAAGCCUUUGUAUCCCUUGUUUUCGACAAGUGGAGUGUCGUUCCGGGUGAUCCCUUAGACAAAGAGAUCAAGCUACGCCCGUUGGAACCGGCCAAUGCACAGGCUUUGGCGAGAGAUUUCACAUUGAAGACGAGGCGGAGAAAGGGAUUAAGUGAAGAUGUGACUAUUUCCAAAUUCCUGGAGCCAGAGCUGCAGAAGAGCUUGCAAGAAUCGGGAUUGCUUAAUUAG